GAAAGAAACAGUUCCACGAAGCAGAUCAGUGUCAGUGUACCUUUGGGUGGAAUUAGUUCGUCCACGGUGUAGUUAUUGAAAUGUUGGACACAAUGCGUGUGAUCUUGAUGCUUACCCUGCUGGCAGUGGCCCAUGCCGAAGAACCAAGCCAAGUGGAUGCACCCGAUGCGCUGGACUUUUCGUACGCUCGGCUGUGGCGUUACGCACAACAACAGUGCGGCACGAAAGGCAUCACGCCGACGGAGUUUACCCACUCCUGGCUUGGGGUGCGACGCUGUCUCAAGAACACGCUGGAUGUGGUCCAGCUGAAUGAAGACUCGAUGCGACUAGACAUUGGCAAUGAGGAAGAAAUUCUAGGCCGCCACUGUCCGAAACUAUACCAAGGUGUCAAGUGUUUCAACCCAUUCAUGGACAUGGUGAAGGGAUGCGUGAGCGAGGAAAGCUACGAGAUCUUCGAGGCGUUGCGCAGCUGGUUUCACGACAUUCUGGAGUAUCUGUGCGAAAACAAUGGCGCUAAUGUUGAGUACGAUAAGCAAAAGCAUGACACUUGCACACGUGAGAUCAAUAGGCACAUCAUUACGUGUGCGGCCGAGAACUUGAUCGCCACGCCGGAGGUUAAUCGCAAAACACUGUCCGAGGAGAACUGCAGUGCACUGGCCAUAGCGAAGGAUUGUCUGCUGAAGAAGCUAAAGGACUGUGGCGUCUUUGCCAACGGCGCACGGCUGUUCUACGAAAACUUCAUCCAAAUCACGUCGUGCAAAAAUUACAUCCCCAAAGCGGAACGAAAAUAAAGACUAGCUAGCGCCCUUGGACAUUCGGUCACUUUCCUUUCUCUACCGUGACGCUGACCUGAGCCACGUCACGUGCGGCGAGAAGAUGAUCGGCAAGCAGACAAAACUCGUACCAAAAGUGGUGAAAUUGUAGCAAAAAUGGGGCAAAAAUGAUUCAUCGCAUUCCACUUUCGGGGCGCACCGGUUGCUAAAACUGGUUCCACCGAAAACACGGCACGUGCCUACGAACACGCGGUGCUUACCAUCAUGAUGGGACCAAUUUGGUAGCAACAAAAAAGGGGGUAACCGAUAAUUGAUUAUGCAGCCAUUGCCAAUGACCUUAACGUUCGGACGGUUUGAAGCUGUCCAUUGGGUCAGUGUUGAGUUUUAUUUUUCGCCAAUGACAGCUCAAUCUCAGGUAUUCUGAUGGUGACUUCCACAAAACGCGCUAAAUUACGCGUGCGCGACACUUUCGGGACAGCGCAACCGAACCGUGUUGAUGACGAAACUGAGCGAACAUAUUACUCAAUCUGCACGUGGUGGUGCCGCAUAAAAGGAGGCAAACCACGCCACAAAACAAAAACCACGAAACUAAACAUCCAUCAACGGGUUUCCUUUCUUUCGUUUCGUACGAGAAAAAAAAAACAAACCGGUAACCGGUGGAAUUUCCUGAACGGAUUUUGCUAACCAUUUUUUCUUCGCUUUUUGCACCUCAAUACCUCAAUACAAAACCUCAUUCA